UUGGGGAUGCUGCCAAGACAGAGAGACCGUUUGCAAAGGGAAGUCGCCUGAGCAGAAGGAGCGUACUCUCAGGAGAAGGGGCCUCUGCCCACCAAGCAGAAGACCACCGGGAAGAUCCCCACCACAUACCAGCCCAGCCUUUCAGGGAGAAAGCAGGCCUCCUCAUCUCAUCAUCAUGAAUUGGUGCUUGGUCAUCUCUGGGUUUAUCAUAGUGGUGCUUAAAGUUGUCGGAAUGACCUUAUUUCUGCUUUAUUUUCCACAGAUUUUUGGUGAAAAUAAUGCCAGCUUCAAUUCCACAGGGAGCUAUGGAACAGUCCCGCAGAUUUUCGGGAAUGGGAACUCCAGCUUCAUUCCCACGGAGAGCUAUGGAACAGUCUGCCCCAGCAGGUGGGAUUUUCAUCAAGGAAGAUGUUUUUUCUUGUCCAUCUCUGAAAUGUCUUGGAACAAAAGCAGGGACGCUUGUGCGGCAGAAGGAUCGACUUUGGCCAUUGUCAACACGCCAGAGAAACUGGAGUUCCUCCAGCGCAUAACUGGAACUGAGAAGUAUUUUAUUGGCUUACUAUACCAGCACGCGGAGAAAAGUUGGCGUUGGAUCAACAAUUCCGUUUUCAAUGGCACCGUUACCAAUCAGCUUCAGGAUUUCAACUGUGUGACCAUCGGCCUGACAAAGACAUUUGAUGCCGCGUCCUGUGACACUGCUUACCGCUGGAUCUGCGAGAAGCGUGCCCAGUGAUGGAGUCCUCUGCCUUCCCUGGCAAGAGCAGCAAACACAUGAUGAAGACAGCCAAAGGAGAUGUUGACAACUGGGAGUGACCCAGGAAACACAGAACACCAGAUGACUGUGCCAGCGUGCCCUGGGCUACAGGCAGAGCCCCCCAUGAGUCCUCAGGGCUAGCAUGCUGGCCCCUCCACGUACGCACCUGAGGCAAACCCCCCGCUCUGGCCAGCAAUUCCUCAAGACCCCAUUUCCUAUGGCAGCCACACCUGUGACUCUCUCUGGAUGUGAACAGGUCAUGUAGUCAGUGACCCCUUCACCCAUCUGUAAGCUAGAAGACACCCUGGACUGUUUGGAGGAAUGAGCUUCUGUACCCCACUUUGGGGGACUGGAUUCUAGCCACCUCUAGGAAGCAGGGUUCGUUUUGUGGAGGCAACUCAGCGGGUAUAAAGUGGAGUAUGUUUCCACAGAACCAGGCAUUUCUCACUGGUCGGCAAGGUUGAGCCGGUUGCCAGGGUCUGUUUGGUCCUGAGAGCACAUGACCUUACUCCCAGGGAGAAACUGUGGGCUAAGCAGGUGUGAACAUUAUUUGGAGGGUAGCAAGGGUGGGAGACGGAUAAACUUGGCUUCUGUGACUUCACCUCUGUCCCCAAGAGGCCACUAUCCACACGCCCCCACCCCAGGUGGGACAGCACAGGCCUGAAUCAAGGCCGGGUUGGGGAUGGGCUCCUGGAGCUGAGCUUGGAGCAGAGAGAGCCUUGUUCCGGGGACUGAGGAGGGGUCUGGGUAGGCCAGGCAUCUGCUAGGAAAUCCCUUUUAAGACAACCCAACAGUCCGGCCAGUGUGGCUCAAUGGUUGAGCAUCGACCCAUGCACAAAGAGGUCACCGGUUCGAUUCCCAGUCAGGGCGCAUGCUCAGGUUGUGGGCCCG